AUGCGUUAUCCACGUCCUGUUUUGUCCGACGAUGAGAGCGACGCUAGCUCGGGCUUGCCUGCGAUAUUCUCGAACAACGCUUCCGGCACCGACUUUUCCGCCACACCUAGCGACUCCGAUUCCAGCAACGAAUUCGAGUCCGACUCUGAGGAGUCCGAGGAUGAACUGGCCUCCGAUGACGAAGAGGAACAACUCUCACCCGAGUACUUCCUCCAGGAAGCCGAGUCUCUCGACGUGUCUCAACUUCGGCAGAAGCGCUACAGUCCAAACACGCAAGAGAGAUUGGAUGAGGCGCAAGAUCUCUGGGAGAGAUUCUGCAAAGGCGCAAAGUGUGAUCCAGUCGAAUGUUUAUCCCAACUCUCUGAUACAGAAACGACGGUGCGCUUUCUCAAGGCCUUCUUCUCAUGGCGCUGCAGGCAGCGACGUGGGAAAAAUGGCCGUCGCAAUCCAGGAUUGAAGCACAAAUCCUCCCUCGACUCGUUAUGGAAAUGGUGGCAUCUGAUAUAUAAGGCCGAGGUUGGACAUGAACUGAGCAAAGACAUCCAGGUGAAAAUCCGCGAUGUGCUCGCGAUAGUAGCGAAGGAAGAAAAACUUUCCCUCCAACCUCGACCGAAAGCGACCAUGUAUAUCGAAGAUGUGGCCGAGUUUGCGCGAGUGAUCCUAUCCACGACAGAGAUGACAUUUCCUUGUGGCUGGUACCGGAUACAGCUCCUCUUCUUCUGCCAGCUGGCGGCGAUCACUGGUAGCCGGCCCAGGGCGCUAUUGGAACUACGCUUUCGGGACCUGAUGCUGACGCUGAUUCGGGAUCCAAAUGGAAGACGCCCUCGACUGUUUAUCUAUCUCAGACCUGAAUUCACAAAAACAUUCCUCGGCGAAAAAGAGUCGAACACAUUCCCCAUCCCGGAAAUUAUUUUUGAUCCCACCUUGGCCCUCAGCCCCCAUGUGUUUCUGUUGACCAUGCUAUUACGGAUCCGUGCAUUCAAGAACAUGUCUCAGGAUGGCCCUAUUUUGGACGGUCCCGAAAAACUGUACAGUCUUCGGGUCUUAGAUGGGCUAGGCCAGCAGGAACUAAAGUUGAAAGACGACAUUCUCGAUGAUUAUGUCUUUUGUCAAGCAUUACGGGAGCCCGAUGGAUUUCGUAUCGCAUUAGACCAGAAGCUCACGGACGGUUGGCUGCGCUAUCGAAUGAAACGAGCUGGUUUAAUCACGGGGUUUGCAGAAGUCGCGAGACCAUACUGCCUCCGAUACGGCGCAGCGAAAGCGUUCAACGACAGUCCGGAUGUAUCGAAUGAAUUGCAGAACGUAAUGUUGCAGCAUGCUAGCAUAAACACAUUUGUUCGGCAUUACAGCGUGGGCAUCCAUGUUGAUGCCCAGGCAAUUGUACGGGGCAUGCCGGCUCAGAAGGAGCUUAUGCGGUUUGCUAGCUCAAUGAGUCGGUCUAUUGAUCCCCGCAGACCCUGGCGGCUAGAUGAUUCGAGCUGUAUCAACGAUGUUCCUAGCGUACGUACUCUGGAAGACAAAAAGCAGGCUAGGAAGCAGAUUCGAGACGAUAGAAAACGCACUUAUGAAGAGGCUCGGGAAGUAUUGGAGCGGAGGUUCGGUGAUGGUCCACCACAGAAUGGUCCUCGCUUCCGAACGAUCCGUAAGCAGCGGAAGGCUCAGGAGAGGAGUUUGAAGAAGCUUCAAACGAAACACGAACACGCCGAGGAGAGGUUUGAGCUCUCAGUGAAGCAAUUACGCAACGAAAAAGGUCGACAACGGCACCUCCUGAUUCGUGGGAACCUGGAACGUUAUAAGAAUGAACAGCCAGUGAUUGACAGCGAACGGCAGCUAUCCGGGAAGAUAGUCGACGAAGAAGUCAAGGUUGCGCUGGAAAGUACCGGCUAUAUGACACCACAACAUAUGACGCUUAUCGACACUGUCUUGACCAUGCCCGGUGCAACGAUUGAGAAAGAGUACGAGCGAAGAAUUGCUGCGAUUAAUGCGGCGAUGGCCGUUUGUGAUGCAGAAGAGGGUGCACCUUCGCGGCCUCGCACGACAAAGAAACGCUCCGUUGAUGCUAUCGACAUAUCGCUGGCUAAUUCCGUCCCCAAAAGACAGAGGCCGACUGCUCCAGAUGCAAAGGACAAUGCCUUUUCUCAAGCCAUCGCUUCGGUUUGCAUCGAGUCUCCAGAAGAAAGACCGACGAUUUGCUUCAUCUGCCUUGGGAAUCAAAUGUUGCCAGAAAGUGAACGACUACGGAAGUUCAAGAAUCCUGGGUCCCUCAGCCGACACUUCGUGAACAAACAUAUCAAGCCAUUCCCGAAUGUUCUUAUGGUUGCGGGUGGUGUUGCUACGGCACUGUGGCAUGGUUGGGUAUAUCAACAGAUUCUCAGGGCAAAGAUGGCGUGGAGAAAUAGAAAUCGGCAGCCCAAACCGGAGGGUGACGCCUCUGGAUCGACAGGCCACGAGCGCGCAGAGGCGUUCCCGCCGAACUCAGCCGAUAUCCGGGCCCCGGAGGAAGUGGAAACUCCCGCACAGGAGCAUAUCAUUCGGAUCCAUGUGGGGGUUGCAAUCCUUAUCUUCUUCUUUGGUAAGGUUCUGUGUGAAAGUUUGCAAUAUCACUGGAGAGAGGCUGACACCGAAACCAUAGCGUCCUUCAUCUCCAUUCUUGUCGCAAGAGCCAAACUCUUCGCACCGCCUCGAUCUCUGGACCUCUUCGCGAAUAUGUAUCUGUCCGGCACUCUGAUCUUCGGCGGCGGCCCCGUUGUCAUCCCCUUGCUCCUGUCAUACGUCGUGGACCCGGGUUGGGUUUCCAGUCGAGACUUCCUGAUCGGCCUCGCAAUCAUUCAGGCCUUCCCCGGUCCAAAUUUCAACUUUGCAGUCUUUCUCGGUGCUCUUGCUGUCCGAACCACAUCCUACCCGACAGUCUUCGGUGCCUUCCUCAGUGGACCAGGGAUAUUCUUCCCUGGAAUCACCCUCGCCGUCGCAAUGCAGUCUUUCUGGCGUGUUCUGCGGAAACAGAAGUAUAUUAUUGACUUCCUCCGAGGCGUGAAUGCAUCAGCUGUAGGAUUAGUGUUUACAGCUGUUUACCGGCUUUGGGAAAUUGGAUAUCUAACUCCGCGGGAUCGUGAUGGGCUGAGUCUGGCGAGGGAGCCCUGGUGGGUUGUUAUUGCCGCUGUUACAUAUGCCCAGAGUGCAUGGUUCAAGGUCCCGCCUGCGGUUGCAAUUGUGCUAGGUGCUGUGCUUGGGUUGUGUUGGUAUGGAGUCGUUGGUCCUGCCUGGUGA